AUCCGGCAAGCAGUCGACACAGAUGUAUAACUGAAGUCUGAAGCAUUUCCCACUCCGAGGAGGAAGCAGCGAAGCGAAAAAUGUCAGAUCUGGUCGCGACGUCGCCGUCGCAAGCGCCGAGAUCCGCCACAGACUUCUUCUCGGAUCCUUACGACUCCCAUCCUCUAUGGUUCAAGCCUUCCCUCUUCCUCUCACCUGGCUUCGACUCCGAGUCCUACAUCUCUGAGCUUCGUACAUUCGUUCCCUUUGACACUCUCCGAUCCGAGCUCCGGUCCCACCUUGCAUCUCUGAACCGUGAACUUGUUGAUCUCAUCAACCGAGACUAUGCCGAUUUCGUCAAUUUAAGCACUAAGCUCGUCGAUAUCGAUGCUGCUGUUGUCCGUAUGCGCGCUCCGCUUCUUGAGCUCCGUGAGAAGAUCACUGCAUUCCGUGGAUCCGUGGAGGCCGCACUUUUCGCUUUAAGGAAUGGAUUGCAGCAGCGCUCUGAUGCUGCUGCCGCUAGGGAGGUUCUCGAAUUGUUGCUCGACACAUUUCAUGUGGUAUCCAAGGUUGAAAAGCUUAUUAAAGUUCUACCAAGUACUCCUUCGGAUUGGCAAAACGAGGAUGCGAAUUCCAUUGGAAAGAGCUCUAUGAAUGAUGAGAACUCUACGCAGCAAGAUGGCACAACCAUGAGAGAAACCCAGAGCAUGCUUUUGGAAAGAAUAGCUAGUGAAAUGAAUCGCCUCAAGUUCUAUAUGGCUCAUGCACAGAACCUGCCUUUCAUUGAGAACAUGGAGAAGAGAAUUCAGAGCGCUAGUGUGUUAUUAGAUGCUAGCCUGGGUCAUUGCUUCAUUGAUGGGCUAAACAACAGAGAUACUAGUGUCCUUUACAACUGCUUACGUGCAUACGCUGCCAUUGAUAACACCAACAAUGCAGAAGAAUUUUUUCGUACAACUAUUGUGGCUCCAUUUAUACAUAAACUUAUCACACAUGAAACAUCAACGCAUGCUGCUGGAUCAUCCGGAGAUGAACUUGAAAACGAUUACAAACAGAUCAAGCAUUUUAUUGCGAAGGACUGUAAAAUGCUGCUAGAAAUAGCUUCAACGGACAAAUCUGGCUUACACGUCUUCAACUUCUUGGCCAAUUCAAUCCUGAAAGAAGUUCUUUCGGCAAUCCAGAAAGUCAAACCAGGAGCAUUUUCUCCUGGAAGGCCUACAGAGUUCUUAAAGAAUUACAAGGCAAGCUUGGAUUUCCUGGCAUAUCUUGAAGGUUAUUGUCCGUCAAGGUCUGCUGUAACUAAGUUUCGAGCUGAAGCUAUAUACAUUGAAUUCAUGAAGCAAUGGAAUGUGGGAGUAUAUUUUUCACUGAGGUUUCAGGAGAUAGCUGGAGCCUUGGAUUCUGCUCUUACUUCUCCUUCUCUGGUUUUCAUUCAGGAUUCAGAUCAACAGAGUUUGCUCAACUUAAUUCUCAGACAGAGUGGUACUCUUUUAGAGUGCUUGCGAUCGUGCUGGAAAGAAGAUGUUCUCGUUUUCUCUGCUGCUGAUAAAUUUCUUCGCUUGACCUUGCAGCUUCUUUCGAGAUAUAGCAUUUGGGUGUCAUCUGCUCUGAAUACUAGAAAGAGUAAUGCCAGCCCGAGUCCUGGUUGUGAAUGGGCAGUUUCAGGCAUUGCAGAAGAUUUUGUAUAUGUUAUACAUGAUGUAAAUUUUCUAGUCUCAGAAGUUUGUGGCGAUUACCUUGGACAUGUAUCACAGUAUUUAUCUUCAUGCUCCACUGAAGUUAUUGAUGUGGUGAGGAUGAGCAUAGAACAGGGUGGGGCAUCAUUAGAGAAAGUCUUACCUAUAGUUACCAAGACAAUAAUUGAUGUCAUUGUUGAUAAAUCCGUUGAGGACCUAAGGCAGCUCAAGGGAAUAACCGCUACGUAUAGGAUGACUAAUAAGCCACUACCUGUUAGGCAUUCACCAUACGUCGUCGGGCUACUUCGUCCUGUAAAGGCUUUUUUGGAGGGAGACAAGGCUAGACAUUACUUGACCGAAAAAACAAGGGAGGAGUUACUGCAUGGUACUGUCACUGAAAUUACCAGGCGGUAUUAUGAAUUAGCUGCUGAACUAGUUAGCGUGGCAAGAAAAACAGAGUCAUCGCUUCAGAAAUUACGUCAAAAUGCACAGAGACGAGCAGGUGCAGCGUCAGGUGUUUCUGAUCAAAAUGUAUCUGAAACAGACAAGAUGUGUAUGCAGUUGUUCCUUGAUAUUCAGGAGUAUGGCCGAAACGUGACUGCACUGGGGUUGAUACCGGCAGAUAUCCCGGCUUAUUGUUCCUUUUGGCAAUGCGUUGCACCUGCAGAUAGGCAAAACACAAUCAGUGUUUGAAGAAUCCCACUGCAUUUUUAUACAGCACUGUGGUAUCAUGUCUUAUAAUCAGAAAAAUACUGCCUCUUCUUUUCUUCGCUUGUGUUUGGUUGUUAUAGUUGAUGAGAAGAAGAGGAAGAGAGUUUUUGUUGAAAGAGAGAGGUGUUUUCAGAAGUCUCAUAUUGAGAGAUCAUGACAUAGUGGCAAGCUGUGGCCGGCCAUUCAAAUAUUUUGUAGGACUAUUUCAGUUUCAUCUUUAAGUAUAUAAACAACACGCACCAAAGGGAAUGAAACUUACUUCCAACUUACUGUACUUUAUUUUUAUU